AUACUCAUGCUCUAAUGAGGUUUUAUCCACUGCCUAUUACCAUCUCUACCUGUGUAGGCAUAGUAUUCCUACGAGCGUUAUCGAGGUAGCACAAACAGCAAUAUAUAUGAAGAUCACAAAUACAGAAACAACUAACACCCACCAAGGAAACAGAGCUACUGAAGUACUAAUGGCUCCCCUUGCAAACGAUGAAGAUCACAAAAUUUACGGAGAGGGUUGUGGUAGCCACUUCCUCGUGGUGGCGUACAGCAUCCAAGGCCAUGUCAACCCUGCACGCACGCUCGCCCAUCGCCUUGCUCAGACCAGCGGCUGCACGGCCACCCUCUCGGUCCCGCUCUCCUGCCACCGCCGCAUGUUCCCCUCUUCUUCCGACGACGACGGCGAGGCCACCACCAUCAUCAGCGACGGGCUCAUCUCCUACCUCCCCUUCUCCGACGGCAAAGACGACGGGAGCUGGCCCGUGGACUCGGAAGACCGGGCGCGGCGCCGUGACGCGAACUUCAGAACCCUGUCCGCCGUCGUGAGCCGCCUCGCGUCCGGCGGCAGCCGGCCGCCGGUGACCUGCGUGGUGUGCACCCUGAGCAUGCCGAUGGUGCGCGAGGUCGCCCGCGCGCACGGCCUCCCGCUGGCCGUCUACUGGAUCCAGCCAGCGACCGUUCUCGCCACGUACUACCACUACUUCCACGGGCACGACGCGCUCCUCCGCCUCCUCGGCCUCGACGACGGCGGCGGCCGCGGCCACGGCCAGCAUGAGGUCACUCUCCCGGGCCUGCACCGCCCUCUUAGGGCCCGUGACAUGCCGACCUUUCUCAGCGAGGAGAAGUCGCAGGACGGCCUGUCCAAGAUGGUCCUCCAAUCACUGCGCGAGCUGUUUCAGAAGAUGGACCAGGAGCAGGAGGAGAAUAAGCCGGUGGUUCUGGUGAACACGUUCGGGGAGCUGGAAGACGUCGCGCUCAGAGCAGUCCACCCAUACAUGGACGUCUUCGCCGUCGGGCCGGCGGUUCCUGUUCCUGGUGUUCUUGGUGGUAGUCGUCAUCAGGGCGAGAUGAACAGUGCGAGCGAGCUAGCACAGAUCCAUCUCGUCCCGCACGACGACGAGACGAAGAAGGCGUACAUGGAGUGGCUCGACGCGCAGCCGGAGAAGUCCGUCGUGUACCUCUCGUUCGGAAGCUUGCUGGGGUACACGAAGCGACAGGCAGAGGAGGUCUUACAUGGGCUCCAAGCCAGCGGGCGACCCUACCUGUGGGUGGUGCGCAAGGAGGGCCGUGCCGAGGAGGUGGACCUCUGGCUGACGGAGGUGGAGGAGGAGAAGAAGGACAUCAGCAAGGGGAUGGUGGUGGCGUGGUGCGACCAGCAGCGGGUGCUGGCGCACCCGUCCGUGGGGUGCUUUGUGACGCAUUGCGGGUGGAACUCGACGCUGGAGGCCGUGGUCUGCGGCGUGCCCAUGGUGGCCGUGCCGAGCUGGUCGGACCAGCCGGUGAAUGCGUGGCUGGUGGAGGAGGAGUGGGGGGUGGGCGUCAGGGCGGAGCGGGACGGGGAAGGGGUGCUGACGAGGGGAGAGCUCGCGCGGUGCGUGGAGCUGCUGAUGGGUGGCGGUGACAGGGCGGUGCAGGUGAGGGCGAAUGCGAGUGGGCUGAAGGAGAGAGCUCGACGGGCCGUGGCUGCAGCUGGGCCGUUGGAAGCAUGUCUCGAGAGCUUUGUUGAAACCAUGCAAGGUCUAGGCCGAUCAGGAAAACAGAUAGCAUUUUAGCUAACGUCGCCAGUCCCGGUGGCAACAAAGAUUAUAAAUUGCUCCAAACAUCUCAUGA